GUUCUUCUUCUUCGUCGUCUCCUUCUUCUGGGGGAGCUUGAUUGUCCACAGUACUGAGCUGACACGAGACGAGAACUCUGCGGGCCUCCUCGAAUCAAGCUGAUUCGCCAACCGGUUGACGGCGCAGGAGGGAGAUGGGGACCCUGGGGAGAGCAAUUUACACCGUCGGGUUCUGGAUUCGGGAGACGGGCCAGGCGAUCGAUCGGCUCGGCUGCCGCCUCCAAGGGAACUACUACUUCCAGGAACAAUUGUCGAGGCAUCGGACUCUCAUGAAUGUAUUUGAUAAAGCGCCGGUCGUGGAUAAGGAUGCAUUCGUAGCUCCUAGUGCUUCUAUCAUUGGUGAUGUUCAAGUGGGGCGUGGAUCAUCUGUCUGGUAUGGCUGCGUUUUAAGAGGUGAUGUCAACAGCAUCAGUGUUGGAUCUGGAACCAACAUACAGGAUAACUCCCUUGUGCAUGUUGCAAAGUCCAACCUCAGCGGCAAAGUAUUGCCAACUACCAUUGGCGACAAUGUUACUGUUGGUCAUAGUGCUGUCUUGCAUGGUUGUACUGUUGAGGAUGAGGCUUUUGUUGGUAUGGGAGCUAUACUUCUUGAUGGUGUUGUUGUUGAGAAACAUGCAAUGGUUGCUGCUGGAGCACUUGUGAGGCAGAACACAAGGAUCCCUGCUGGCGAGGUGUGGGGAGGCAACCCUGCUAAGUUCUUGAGGAAGCUCACAGACGAAGAGAUAGCCUUUAUUUCUCAGUCGGCUACGAAUUAUGCCAACCUAGCUCAGGUCCAUGCCUCAGAGAAUGCAAAACCAUUCGACGAGAUUGAGUUCGAAAAGGUUCUCCGCAAGAAGUACGCUAAACGGGACGAAGAUUACGACUCAAUGCUGGGAGUUUUACGUGAAACUCCUCCAGAACUUAUCCUACCAGACAACGUCAAGGCCCCACAAAAAUGAGAUCCCCGUAAGUCCAACCCCUUGUUUUUCUUUCUUCCAUUUUUUGCUAUCCAGAUCGAGAGAUUUAAUGCCAAGGGAUAUAUGUUGUGAUGUGCAAAAGGCCAUUUGCCUACAUAAGGGAUCCUUUUGUUUCUCAAUAAUCACCAGAAAAAUGUUUGGGACUCUGGUUCUGGUUCGCUUUCCUUUCACCUCUGCUCAUCACGCGGAGUUUGGAGACACCAUUUUUCUGCUUCAGGAGAAAAACCUUGUGACGUGAAGCUGCAUGUAUGUUGAUAUUAAAGUCUCUUCCGUUCCUAGAUUUAUGUAUGGUACUCCGAUUUCAAUC